AUGCAACUUCUCCUUCUCCUCUCCCUCAUCCUAUCAGCCUUCUCUAUAACUUUUGAUCGUAGCAGUGAUAGCAGUGAAAGUUGCGAAGACACCUCUGAAUACCAUCCUCAUCCCCAUAGGCCACGCCCUCAUAGACCACGCCCACCUCCACACAGACCCCGCCCACCACCAGCAGAGCUCACCAAAUGUCCGGAUACGUGGAUGCUGUUCAGAAGGCCUCAAGGGAAUUGGUGUGUUACUUUGUUUCACAAAUCUCAAACCUGGCAAGGAGCUGAUAACAUGUGUAAAACAUAUGGAGGACGAUUGACUGGAUUGCAGACAGGACAAGAGAGGAUGAGGCUGGCGGAAGCCGCCCGUCGAAUUGUACAACCACUGACACCUCGAAACGCGUCUGUGUGGAUAGGCGCAAGGAGGAAACCGGAAUGCCCGCGAGCUGGUGUAUGCCAGGAUCAGAAUUCAUUCUACUGGACCGAUGGGCACACCACUGGGACUGCCGGUUUCCAAUGGGCGGCUUUUCAACCUGAUGGACUGGUCGAAGGAAAAUUUGGAGUCCAAUCGUGUGCUCGCUUGGCUGUGUUCUCAGGUGGUUCCGCUGCUUCCCCUAGACACGGAGCGUAUGAUGACUAUACUUGUGAAUACUUGCCGUCACGUGUUACACUGGUGGCUUGUGGGAAGAAGGCGACGAGAUACUGA